UGUCUUCCUUGUCAUAUGCAGUCAUAUGUUGUCGUGAGCAACGUUUGAAGCCGUCGGAGGAUGACGGAGUAAGCGCGUUUUCUCUGAUUUGCAAACUAUAAACCUUUGUUUUGUGGAUUCCUUUUCCACGGCAUCUUGCAGUGUGAUUUAUCGGGUCAGUGAAGCGGCACGUGUUCCCACCGUGUGCACGGCGACGACGAAAACAAAGUUGCGUUUUCUGAACGCGUGGUUCAGUCGUUGGUAAAGGGUGAUUCUCUGCAGUGUCUCCAGAAGCCUGUGGUCUUGUUGCCUAGUCCUCUGCGCAACUCUUUGAUUGACGUGCGUCGUUCUGCAUAUUUCGACAUUGAGCCGUCCAAUUCUACUUGUCGUGAGCAACUCGGUACUUUCUAAGUGCAGCUGAAUUGCGGUGAAAUGGCCGCUAUCCUGCCUUCGCGUUUUGCCGUUCUGAAAGUUGAAGGCGAAGAUCCCGAGGAGUCUAAGACAACAAAAAAACCGCAGCCCGCCAAGAGUGGUUCAGCUGGGGAUCGCAACUCCGUGACAACCAAGCCGAAACCCAAGAAGAAGAAGAAGCCGGCGGAAAACCAGGCCAAUGCGAAACAAGCCGCUCCGCAGGCUGGCAAAGCUCAGGAACGAGGGGACGACUGGGAGUCUUGGAAGAGGAGAGAUGAUCAGUUUGUCUCUGAUGUCUAUGAACAAGACCUCCAGCAAGCACUGCUUCUGAGUCGGUUGGAUUAUGAAGAGAAGAAAGAGUUUUAUGAAGCUCAUCAAAAAGAAACCACCGUGGCAAACCUGGCAGCUCCAGGCAGCCGUGGCAAUGUCAACAAGAACAAGAAAAAGAGCACAGCUGCAAAGAAGGAAAAGAAGACGACUACUAUGACUCUAGAAGAGUUCAACCAGCUAGGGGGAGGUUCGUCAUGUUCCGAGGUGGUUGAACCAGAGAACCGAGAGGCACCUGACAUAAGAAACAAUGAGAAGAGGUCAUUGUCACCACCAAAGGAGGCCAUCUUCGAACAGGUAGCAAGGGAUGCCAAAAAUAUUCUGUCACGAGAGCAAAGGAUGGAAGAACUGAAGACAAAGCAGCCUUUCUUAGCAGAGCAAGCCAGAACGUUGCAGUUCCAGGAUGAAUUGGAGAAAAAGGACCAGCAGAUAACUGCACUUAAGAAGCAUAUUGAAGCCCUGGCUGCCGAGCUGAAGGUGGUGAAGCUUCGCAACAAGCAGCUGUGCAACAUCUUGGCCCAAGGUGAAAUGCAAGACAAGGCAGAGAUCCUGCGGGACUUUGAGGAAGUGACACAGGUCAAGGACGAACUGACUCAACAGGUUACCGAGCUACAUGCUGCACUGGAGCAAGAACGGUCAAAGGUGCGCUUGCUGCAGCAGGAUCUCAAGAAGGGUGGGAAGAGAGAACCUCGGUAGCAUUUGGGCCGGCCCCAAGUUUUUUACUGUCUGCCUGCGAAGUGCAAAGGCUGCACUGUAAAUGCCAGGACAAGACACGUCGCUAAUGGGGCCUUGUCUGCUGAAAAACAUUGCAACUACUGCCAUUGCACAUCUUCUAGCGUCUAGCAGGCUGGCUCGCUUCUUAUGUACAUACAUCAGGCGGACUGUGUGUUGGUUCUUUUUUAUUUCUUACAUAAACAUGUGAUGUGUUUGUCUGUUACUUCAGGGAACAAAUGAAGUGGCUACAAUUGUUAAUUUAAUUUGGAGGUGAUGUAGAACAUUGUUGAUUAAAGUCACAUUCUCUGUUA